AUGGAUGGGGCAGAAAAACCUGCAGUGGUUCCCACUGAAACCACCGAGACUGAUGAAGAGCUGCGAGAGGCUUUUGAAGCCAUAAAACAAGAGAAAGAGCAAGGAUUCCCUUCUUAUUUGAGUUCUAUCUUUUUGCACGAAGAAAUUUAUGCUGAAGUAAUAGCAAAGAGCAUUGAGCUGGCUAAAAAACAGCAAGAGGUUCAAAGGACAGAGCCCACCACUUCCGAAUUGGCUCUCUUUGAUGAGGUGGAGGCAGAACACUCUGCUGCUGCUCCAGCACCUAAGGUGGAGGAGGAUAGAAUUGCCAGGAUUUUGCCUGUGCUGACUAGUCCUCUCAAACCACUCAUUGUGGCUGUAAGUUCAUCUACCACAGCCUCCUUUGUUGAUCCAGAGUUGGCAGAGUUUGAAGCCAUGGAUUUGGACGCUCAGUUGGACAAGCUUGAGAAACUCAGCUCCACUCCUGGCAAGGCAAAAUCCAAGGUAGUGGAUGAGGCAGUGGAUAGAGUGAAGAUCUGGCAAUCCACUAAGCUGGACUUGGAUGAAAACAGAGAAGUUGUUGACCAACUGAAGAAGGAUCUGGAUCUGCUGCAUAGAGAGAAUAUGGCUCCUUGGCCCAUCCUUGAAAUCAACCUAGGCUUGUCAAGAGAUGUGCUCAAUCUGCACUACCACUAUGAAGAUCUCAAGCCCUCCUUCAAAACCUUUGAGUUCUGCAAGGCUACUUAUGAAGCCAAUCUGGUUGAUUACCAAAAAUAG